AUGGCAGCACAAAGAAAGAAAUGGCCCUCAGUCCCCAUCAGCUCUGGAUUGCCCAGCUACGGGAGCGGCUGUGGUAAGGAAGGAGCAGAGGGUGCUAAGAAUCUCUGGGCUAGGACAGGCUCCUUAAAGGAUGUGACCAUCUGUACAUAUAAUGUACGUUCCCUUUUAGGAGAGGAUAGGCUAUAUGAUCUGGAAAAAGAACUAGGCAACAUCACAUGGGACAUAGUCGGAUUGUGUGAGGUUAGACGCCGUGGGGAACAUCUACAACAACUAAAAAGUGGUCAUUUGCUGUACACAGGGGGAAAGGAGGAAAGUAGCAUAGGAGGGGUGGGUUUCCUUAUUCACAAGACCAUAGCAUCCAAUGUCAUUAGCUACAAGAGCACUUCAGACAGAGUAUCCCAGAUUAUCCUAAAAAUCUCCAAGAAACAAACCAUGAAAAUCAUCCAAGUAUACCUUCCAACUUCUAGCCAUGCGGACGAAGAGGUUGAUAUGGUCUAUGAGGAAAUUGCAGAACUACUUGAUGAAGACAAAGCAAAUUUUACUAUAGUUAUGGGAGAUUUCAAUGCUAAAGUUGGUAAAAGGGAAGAUAAUAGUGAGAUGAUGCUAGGUAAAUUUGGAAUAGGCACUAGGAAUGAUAGGGGAGAUCGUCUACUGGAAUUUGCUUCAAGCAGAGGUCUUAAGGUAAUGAACUCUUUCUUCAAGAAAAAGGAAUAUCGAAAAUGGACUUGGCAAAGCCCAAAUGGCACUACCAGGAACGAAAUCGAUUUUAUUCUAACAAACAGACCGGACAUCAUUACAGACGUUUCCGUGCUAAAUCGUUUCAAUACUGGAAGUGACCACAGGCUUGUGAGAGCUAAAAUGCAUGUCAAUUUCAAGCUAGAAAGAAGUAAACUAAUAAGGAAGAAUGCCAGCCUAAAUGUGGACAAACUUAAACAUCGUAAGGAUGAGUUUCAAUUGCAGCUAAGGAACAGAUUCCAAGUGCUUCAGGAUGAAGUAAACCAGGAAGAUAUUAAUGAUAUCUACAAUAAAUUUUCUCACACUGUCCAAACUUGUGCUCUUAAAAGGGAAAAUCAAACAACUGACAAGAUCACAAAGGAGACACUCGAUCUGAUGGGAAAAAGGAGACAGAUGAAGGUAUCAACACAGAAGGAUAGCAUAGAGUAUACAGAAUUGUGUAAAACAAUAAGAAAACGUAUGAAACGUGAAAUUCGCAGCUUCAACAUAAAGAAAGUCCAAGAGACCAUAACAAAUGAUAGCAGCUAUAAAGCAACCAAACGUAAACUCUCCAGUGGGAAAUCACAACUGAUAGCUAUUAAAGGGGAGGAUGGAAGUGUUAUUCAUGACAGAGACCAGAUAAUUAAUCAUGUGAAGAUUUUCUUUCAACACUUGUACUCCAGCAAGGUCCAUGUUGAUGCACCAAUCAUUGCUCUAGAUGCAGAUGAGGACAUAACUCCAGUAGGAGUAGAUGAGGUUGCUAAAGCCUUACAAGAAAUGAAGCGUGGUAAAGCACCAGGCAGCGAUGAGGUGCUGGUGGAUGUCCUUAAAGAUGGAGGCGAUGUCAUCUUAGAACAGCUGGCCAAGCUGUUUACACUCUGA